CCUUGAUCAGCCCGGCAUGGCUUAUAAGUCAUGUCCUCCAAGCCUCGUUGCAACUUGCGACACCACCACACCACACUCCCUGUGUCUCCCCAUCCUCCCUUUUAUCCUUUGUCCCCCGAUAAGCAGCUCGUUGGCUCGAGCGUGCUGAAGAAAAGAAACGAGCGGUGCAAGACCCCGAUCGGUGAGAUAAGAGCGGGCUGACCCAGGUGCGCGCGCUUCCCCGAUCCGUACUUGCGCCGAGACGCGGGCGGACGCCGCAUCCGCACCCUCGGCGUACACAGCACCUCCGUACUCAUGACUGCCAGUCCUACAGGCCACCCAGCGCCCUACGACCCUCCUCCGACCCAGGAAACGAACGCAUCUACUGACUUAUCUCACGAACACGAGUGACACGCCCUUUGCCACGCACACUACGUCUCUGCCGUCCACACCCUCACCCACCCAACCAUUAAUCGCGAGGCCGAUCAACGCUAGCCGUUGACCUCGACUCGACCACUCAGAAACUCUGGAGGACCACAGCCACCGCGCCGUGAGGACCGCGACGCCGAACGAGAGCGAGAACGUGCGGGAGAGGAUGGAGUGCCCGAUCCUCGUGUGGAUGCUCUCGCUCAAUCGAGAUGUGACGACUGACGAAUAUCAGAAAUGUUACGAGCUCGUACGCGAAUGCGUCCCGCACGCCAAGAUCCCGUACGCGCCCACGUCUAUCGACUCGUUUCGCCAACUUAUAUGUCAGAUGAUGCCUUUGUUGAUGAUGCGUCAUCGUCGGAUAUCAAGGACAAAGUGGAAGGACUGUCAGACACAGAACGGGAAGCAUUGGAUCGAGCAGGGCUGUGAAGACAUGCCACCCGAAAAGUUCCUCCAGUCGAUGAUCGGCUACCACCUCGCAUACGACAACUCGCUGUGCGGGAUGAUCAUGACCCAAGGGCGGCAACGCCAGGUGAUCAACAUCGGCAUCGGUAUCAAGCAGCUCGCCGUCGAGCCCCGCGGCGUGUCCGUCGCCGCGUACGCCGAGUCAUUUGCACACAAGCUCACCCCCCUCGAACAAACGUUCAUCAAGCCCGAGUUCGGCGACGAAGUCGUCCUCCGCCGGCUCUGCAUCCUCCUCGCGCUCAAAUCCGCCUACAUCAAAGCCAUCGGCCAGUCCAUCGGCUUCGACUGGUCCCGGCUCGAGUUCAACAUCCCCGCCGAGUCCGCGCGGGGCGACGACCACCCGCUGCAGGGGUGGGAGUUCCGCGUGUUCAAGGCUAAUCUGGGGGUGGCGCGCAACGGCGGGCUCGUGGAGGAGAGCUAUCAGUGCGCGUGCGCGUUUUUUAGGGGGACGAAGGACAGUAAGUUUGUGUGGCAGGAUAAUCAGAAGGACCUGGAGCAGUGGGUCCAGUUUAUCAAUGUGGAUCAGCUGAUCAAGGUGAUUCCGAAGUUGAGCGCGUAGGCGUAUGAGGGAUUUUCUUUUCAUAAAAGCUUGGCCUUGAUCGAGGUUCUUCUGACUAUCCUUUUGCAUGGAGCUUGGACCUCAGUCCGUGUUUGCCUGCUUCUCAUUCUUGUCUCUGUGCGUUUCUGUGUUGUUACUUCUUAAUACUUACUCUGUCUGUGGUGGCCGUCGUUGUCUAGAGAGCGCUAGCGCUGUUGUUGGAUGUAUGUAGGAGUAUCUAGUCCGUAUAUCUUGUUUGCAAUCUGUGUCGCCGUAUCUUGUGUCUUUAGUAUAAUACCCAUCAUAUUUGCUGCUUCGGGG